CGACGGUAGCGGAAGUGACGCAGCUUGCUGUGUUUCCGUUGGCUGGUCUGUCUGUUGGAGCGUCAGAAGCGGAUCGGUUCGGUUCGGUUCGGUUCGGUUUGGUUCGUCGUAAUCAGAAGCAUAAACUCCCCGCAUCAGAUGUCGUUCGGUGUCCCGCACAGCGGCGGCCGGCGCAGUAAAUGGGACCAGGCCGGUCCGGGGUCGUCUGGAGCUGAUGGAGGUUCUGCUCCGACUGGAGCUCUGGACGCUGCUGCCGCCGUCGCUGCCAAGAUCAACGCCAUGCUGGUGGCCAAAGGCAAACUCAAGCCGUCUCAGAUCAGCAGCGCUGCUGCCGCCGAUAAAGUGGCAGGUGUUGGUGGUAAUAAGGUGAAAGAUGAUCUGGUGGUGGCUGAGGUGGAGAUUAACGACGUCCCGCUAACCUGUCGGAAUCUGCUGACCCGCGGACAGACUCAAGACGAGAUCAGCAGAGUGAGCGGCGCUGCCGUGUCCACCAGAGGACGCUUCAUGACAGCGGAGGAGAAGAGCAAAGCACUGCCCAGUGACCGUCCGCUCUAUCUGCACGUCCAGGGACAAACCAGAGACUUAAUGCAUUACGUACAGGACAAGCUGUUUGUGGGUCUGGAUCAGGCCGUGCAGGGCUUCUGUGUGAAGGAGCGAGUGGAGGGCCCCGGCUGCUCGUACCUGCAGCACAUUCAGGCCGAAACCGGGGCCAAAGUCUUCCUGCGGGGCCGGGGGUCCGGCUGCUUGGAGCCCGCGUCCGGACGAGAGGCCUUCGAGCCCAUGUACAUCUACAUCAGUCACCCAAAACCAGAAGGACUUGCUGCUGCAAAAACCCUGUGUGAAAACCUCCUGCAGACCGUUCAUGCUGAGUAUUCUCGAUUCCUGAAUCAGAUGAGCAGUGUGAUGCCCACACAGGGAUUCGUUCAGCCUCCUGCCGUUAACGGGAUCCAGCCGCAGGCUCCGUAUUACCCUCCCGCAGGCUUCCAGCCGUCCUACCCCGGCCCGGUCCCUCCGCCACAGCCCGUCGCUCCUCAGUAUCCGCUGGCUCCUCUGGCUCCGGCCCCAGGCCCCGUCCCCACCGCACAGUAUCCCAUCACCCCCGCGCUCCCGAGCGUCCUGGCACAGACGCUGGCUCCGGCUCCGCAGAAACGGCGCUUCACGGAGGAGGUGCCAGACGAGACGGACCGCGGCCUGCUGGGAUACCAGCAUGGACCCAUUCAUAUGACUAAUUUAGGUGCAGGCAUCUCUGUGGGCAGCUCUGAGGCAUCAGGACCCCCGUCUGCUGCUUCCUCAGGGCCUGUGAGAGAGAGAGACAGCAGCAGACUCAUGCCGCCUCCGUGUGCUCCGGGGCCAGUCGACGGUCCGAGAGCUCAGAAAGCAGACGAGAAGACGCCGGCGCCGAGCCUUCUGGAGCCGCAGGUGAAGCGCGCGCGGAUGGGGCUCGUGGCGUAUACUGGAGACUCCUCCGACGAAGAAGAGGAUCAUGGAGCCUUCAGAGCGGCCGGAGCCACAGGAUGGACAUACCGCUGCCCUUCAUCACCGCCCACACGGCCCAAAACACAGACGCAGACGCAGCCCAUGCCCUUCUGGAUGGCACCGUAAACACACACACACACACACACACACACACACACAUCAUGUUCAUGCCUCCUAAAGACUGUCCUGUGGGAUUAUGGGAGGAUGGAAGAGCGAUGGCCGCUCAUGUGACACUGCAGGAUCGCGUGUCUCAUCACUCUGCUUUAGUUUCUCUUCAUCAGUUUGAUUUGUAAUGUUACUUCUUCUGAGAUGAAUAAACACAUGCAUUGGCUCACA